UAGUACCAAAAUAACCUACACAAAUCAUCAAAUUCAAAAAAAAAAAUUGACACCAGUUUUAAUACCUGAAAAUUCAUACUUAAGAUCGAUGACUUCCCAAACGAGAACACCAGACGUCGACUUCAAAAGAAGAAGGAAAGCAAGGUGGUGGUCGUAUAUAAUUGGUGGUGUCAUAUUCCAGAUAUUCAUAAUACUUGUACUCCUUUACAUAAUCCUCCGUGUUCGAACCAUAAAGCUUCGUCUUCAUUCCGCAAAACUUCAAAACCUCAAAACAAGCAAUGAAUCAUCCUUUACCAUGUUCCUUCACACACAAGUAACUAUCAAGAACUCUAACUUUGGUCAUUAUAAGUUCGAUAACAGUACAAUUGUUUUAGCCUAUAGGGGUACUCAUGUGGGUGAAGUAGGGUUUGGGAAUGGGUACGUAAAAGCUCGAUCAGUGAAGAAGAUUGAUAUGGUUGUGGCGGUGGCCGUGGCCGUGGGUUUAAAAACUUGGUCGGAUCACGGUGGUCCGGGGAAGAUUACAUUGGCGGCGAAAGCACAGGUGACCGGAAAAGUACAUAUACUGAAAGUCAUCAGAAGGAGGAAAUUGGCGGAGAUGAAUUGCACCAUGGAUGUUGAUAUAAAAACUCAAGCCAUUGAUAACCUGCAUUGCUGUCUCUUCGUCUCCACCAUUAUCUAUAUAUACUCGCAUUCGUACCCUAUAAUUCCUUCAUCUGAUAACAUUAUUAGUUUGUCGCCGAAUAUAACUUCAACCACCAACAAAAAAAAAAAGAAAAUGGUUCCGACUAAUCCUUACGGCCAUGUCAACGAAGACCUUUCCACCGUAGCCAUCGACGCCCGCCGCAAGAGACGAAGGCGCUGCCUCAUGUCCGUAGCCAUCGUCGCCGGUUUUGUAGCUGCACUCAUCAUCCUCUUCUCUGUAACCGCCGGCAGGUUUCGUACCCCCAAGUUCCGAGUCCGAUCUGCAACUUUCCUAACUUUCAACGUCACAAACUCAACAGCAAAUCCUUCAUUUCAAAUAGAGAUGAACACAGAAUUUGGUAUAAAGAACACAAACUUCCGACGGUUCUGGUACCGGAGCACCACCGUCGAUUUCUACUAUCGGGAACAGAAAGUCGGAGACGGGUUUGUCUGGAACGAGAGAGUAAAAGUCAGAGAUACUAGGAAGUUUACUGUUCCGGUGUCGUUGUCGUCGAUGAAUGUUACCUCCUCGUCGGAGUUACGAAGUGAUCUGAACGCUGGUGUUUUGCCGUUGAGGAGCCGAUCCAGGUUGACCGGAAAAUUUAAGAUAUUAGUUGUGUUCCGAAAGUAUAAGCACGUUAACAUGGAUUGUUCCAUGGACCUUGUUAUUGCAACCAGGGAGCUCAGAAAUAUAUCUUGCCGCUGAUAUGGGUUGUACUGUAUGGAACUAGUGUAUUUUACCUUUUUAUGAUUUCUUUUGUAAUUUAUUGAUUUUGAUUUUGUCCAUAUUAUUUGUAUUUAGAGCUGAAAUUAUUUUAUAAACAUAUAUGACACUUUUUGUUUCAA